CCUUCCUCCAAAUCCUUAUCCCAUCCUUCCAAAAUUUGGCGGAAUUUCCGCUAAAUAAUUUCCUUUUUUUUUCCAAACAAGAAAAUUAUCAACUUCCUAUAAAUCCCAAAACCCUACGCUUCAGUACUCCGCGCCUGCCUGCAACAUAAGUUUGGGUUUUGAUUAAAGAUGAAAGCUUCAUUGAGGUUUCGUGAAGAGAAGAGGCCAUUGUUGAGAGCCAAAGUGCCUCUAAGCAUUCUGGGUUUGCCGUUCCAAUCAGGCAUCGUUGCCGGCGAAUCCAAGGAGCUCACUUUAAAUCUUUCCACCUUCUUCGAAUCUGGGCCGUCCGUCAAGUUCGCUUACCGUCCUAAUGACACCUGGAACCCUUUCUCUCUUAUCGUCAAGACCGGGACUGGGCCCUUCGGUUCUCCGGUUUCCAGCUCUUUGCUUAUGAGUGCUGAGUUCAAUCUCCUUGGCCGUGGAAACCCUAGCUUUAUGCUUCACUUCAAGCCUCAGUUUGGUGAUUUUUCAAUCAAGAAGUCGCAGUCUUCUGUUUUCGAUAAAGUCCUGAAACCUAAGAACGGCGUCGUUUUGGACGAGUCGAUUGAGGUGGUUGAUUCGCCCGUCGUUAAUGGUGGCUACGCCGGAUUCUUCGCCGAGAAGAAGCAAUUGUCGACGUUGAAUUCGGGGGAUAUCGCUGGGAUUCUGUCCGGAAUGGAGCUGACAGCCAACACGGCGGUGCCGUUGAAGGGAAAAGCAAUGGUGAAAUUCCGAUGGGGAAUGAGGAUUCCAUCGGAUAUGAAGAGCGGCGUCGGUGAAUUGGGUUAUCCGGCGGCUGGGAUUUCGGUUAGGAAAGUUCCGUUUUUGGUGAUGGAUAAGAUUGUGAUUGAACACUUGGAAAGCGUUGAUUCGAAGCAGGCUACAUCCACAGCCAACAAGGUGGAUCCUAUCAAGACUGUUAAGAUUGAAGAUUCUGGGUUUCUGUUGAAGAUGCAGUUGAGAGCAUUGGAAGCUGACAAUGAGUCACUGAAGAGAGCUGUGGAUGAUCUGAGACGAGAAAUCAAGGGCGAAUUUUUCGAGGAUUUGAACAGCGGGAAACACAGAGAGAUUGAAAGAAAUGGGAAAACGGAGAGAAGAAUGAUGGAGAAGAAAUCCAUGGAAGGGGAUGGGAACGAGGACCUGAACAAGGGACAGAAAGGAGCUACUUCCUGAAAUUACAAGUAAGCGUUUUGUUUGGUUCUGUUACUGUAAUUAUUGAAUUUGUGUUUGGAUUAGUAAUUAUGGGUAGAAUAAUAAAAAAUAGUUUUGUUUGUGUGA